AUGACCAUAUUUUCAUUCAAUACUACUACAGUUUUCACAGCCACCGCGGUAUCGCAUACUGGAACUCUAGUUGAUCAGCAUCGACUUAAGACAUCCAUCACUACCACAACAAGCCACAGUAAUUAUUGGUAUCACUUAAAUUAUCAUAUUUCUUCUCGACAUCGACGAAAUGCAAAUAUUCAAAUACAAUUGUGGGGCCUUUGCUCCAAUCUUGAUCUACAGGAAAAGCUCUCUCAAGCCGACCCAUUAAUUUCACCGUCAAUCCUCCCAUUUGAGCUCGGAUCAACGAUAGAGGAUCCGGUUCGUAAAUCAAGUUACACUCUAAUUCAACCACUUGGUAAUGGCUCUUAUGCGGUGGUUUAUAUGGUACUCAAUAAAAAGGAUAAUAAAUAUUACGCCUUGAAGUGUCUUUCGAAAGCCAAUCUUAACGAAUAUUAUUUAGCAAUUCAACAGAAUGAAGUGUUAAUUCACGAAAAAGUUAACGGGCAUCCUAAUCUUGUACGCCUUCAUCAUACAUUUGAAACCCCUGACUGGCUUUUUCUUGUCAUGGAAUACUGUGAAGGUCAAGAUCUGUAUUUUUGGCUUACGAAGAACCAAGACCACAAAGACGCUAAAACAGGGCGACAGUAUACAGAAAACGAACGUCUCGAGCUUGUCAAACAGGUCUUUAUGCAAAUACUUGAUGCAGUUGGCCAUUGUCAUAGCAAUGGCAUCGCUCAUCGGGAUCUGAAACCAGAAAAUUUCAUUGUCACUGUUGAUCGUGAAAGUGGCAAUGUACUUGUACAACUGACUGAUUUUGGAUUAGCUACGGAUGAACUGGAAUCCACCGAUUUCGACUGUGGAUCAAAACCUUAUAUGAGUUAUGAAUGCCGAAAUCCUGUCCGUGAAACCUAUCAUCCUCGGUUAGGUGAUAUUUGGUCGUUGGGGAUUAUUUUCCUUAACUUGCUCUAUCAUCGUUCCCCGUGGUCUGACCCAAACCCAGAACAAUGUAAAUCCUUCGCUGAUUUUCAACGUGACAAAAUCGGCUUUUUAAUGCAACAAUUCAAAAAUAUGCCAGAAAGUGUGGCUCAUUUCUUGUCUACUCGAGUGUUCUGUCGUCCUGAAGAAGGUCGCAUUAGCAUUAGAGAAUGGAAAGUAUGGUGUAAAAAUUUGGUUCAAAAGUUAUUGAAUAAUGAAGAGGAGGAAGAGGAAUAUUGCGAAGUGGAUCAUCUUGAUCUACACGAAUUAACUAUUUCUGCUGGUGCCCAAGUAAACGAUGAGGAAGAUUCUUCCAAAGAGCAAGAACAGCAACACGGUUACGCUCGUAAAAAAUCAUGGUCUGAUGUCUUUGAAGAAUCACUUGAUAAAGAAAUGGACUUUACUGCUCCCGUUGUUUUCUUGGAUGAAAUGGAUAAUUGCCAGGCUUCUAUCGAAAAUAAUCAAUCAAGGGAGAAUAAAACUGCAUUCGUCGAAACUACUACGGAGGUUCCCUUCUUCGAAGUAGUUAACGAAAAUAAUGAAAAUAAACAAGACGAAGAAGAUCAGCAACAGGCAGAUGCCAAUGCAAUUAACAGUGAUGCAGACUCUGGCUUUGGUACAGACGAAGAUAUUAAUGGAAAUGUGAUGAUGAGACGAGUGCGUGCUCAACAGAAUUCCACCGAUAUUAAUGACAAUGGCAAUAUGAAUGCGAGUCUUUCCACUACUCCACCAAAAGUAAUUUACUGCAGACCGAGACCUUGGGGUGAGGAACGCAAUUCUACAACAUCCAUUGAAAAUAGCCACAUGCAAAAUAAUGAUCAUUGGAAUUCAUACAACCUACGUCGCGAGCGUCUUGAACGAAGAAAAGAAAAAGAAAAAAAGAAUCAGUUUACGCGAAAUAGACGUCGUGGAUCUAGUGUAGGGGCUCAGGAUGCACUGUCCUUCUCCGGGAUAAAUUCCUUUCCACGUCGAGUUCGUCCACGUCGUCUUUCGCAAGAUCGAGUACUUUAUUUUAAGGCUAAUGUGACCCCACCAACAAAGAAUGCACCUCCACCUAGUCCUAAAAGAAACAAUCAUUCAAGUACGGAUUUUGUAUCUGAAACCUAUGUACCGCCUUCUAAUCCCGAGCGCAGGAAAUCAUUUGCUCCUGUUUCUGACCGUAGGAAAUCAUUGACUCCUGUCUCCAACCGUAGAAAAUCGUUAACUCCUAUUACUACGUCUUUCGAUGCGCCUACGCAUCCUCCUCAGCGUAGAAUCAGCCGAGAAGACCUUUCUGAAGUGGAAAAAUCACCCAAGAUGGUUACGAAAUCCACCAAGAAUUCUUUGACUAAAAUGCUGGAGAAAAUGGUGAUUUUCAAUCGUGGAAUUAAGAUUGGUGGUCAAGACAAAAAUAUUAUGUAG